AUGGCCCGACAGGACUCAGCGGUCAUGGCCGGCACUCUGACCCACCAGGGCUCCCCUAACCCGGGCUACAGCCCCAACAACAACGCCGUCCCGGUGCCGGCCAUCACGCAGACGGACUCCAGGGACAAAUGGAGCAAAAAGAUGGAUUUCCUCUUGUCUGUCAUUGGCUUUGCGGUGGACCUGGGGAAUGUUUGGAGGUUUCCUUACGUAUGUUAUCAAAACGGUGGUGGGGCUUUCCUCAUUCCCUACAUUUUGAUGGCCAUCUUCGGUGGUGUGCCGCUCUUCUACAUGGAGCUGGCACUGGGGCAGUUCCACAGAACCGGAGCCAUAUCCAUAUGGAAACACAUCUGUCCUAUUUUCAAAGGUAUUGGAUAUGCCAUCUGCAUCAUCGCUCUGUACGUGUCCUUCUACUACAACACCAUCAUCGCCUGGGCCCUCUUCUACUUCUACUCCUCUUUCAGCAGCAUCUUGCCUUGGACAAACUGCGACAACGUGUGGAACACCCCAGACUGCACCAACUACUUUGGCGUAGACAACGUCACCUGGACAAAUUCCUCCAGGUCUCCCGCAGAGGAAUUUUACACGAGGAACGUUCUUGAGAUCCACAAGUCCACAGGGCUGGAAAACGUCGGGGGUGUUCGCUGGCAGUUGAUGCUCUGCCUUUUCCUCAUUUUCACCAUCGUGUACUUCAGCCUGUGGAAGGGCGUGAAGACAUCAGGAAAGGUAGUGUGGGUGACCGCCACUUUACCCUACAUCGUGCUUUUCAUCCUCCUGAUUCGAGGAGCCACUCUGCCAGGAGCCUGGAGAGGUGUGGUGUUUUACCUGAAGCCCCAGUGGGGGAAGCUCCUGGAGACCAGUGUGUGGGUGGAUGCUGCAGCUCAGAUAUUCUUCUCUCUGGGGCCAGGGUUCGGGGUCCUGCUGGCUCUCUCCAGCUACAACCCUUUCACUAAUAACUGCUAUCGUGACGCCAUCGUGACAAGUUUGGUGAACUGUCUGACCAGCUUCGUGUCCGGGUUCGUGAUCUUCACAGUGCUGGGCUACAUGGCAGAGAUGAGGAAGGUGGAGGUCGAGGAUGUAGCCAGGGAUAAAGGACCAAGUUUACUCUUCAUCACAUACCCGGAGGCCAUCGCAAACAUGAUGGGAUCAACCUUCUUCGCCAUCAUCUUCUUCGUGAUGAUGAUCACGCUGGGACUGGAUAGCACUUUUGGUGGGCUGGAGGCGAUCAUCACCGCUGUGUUGGAUGAAUACCCGGAUCAUUUCUCAAACAGACGGGAACUUUUUGUUCUGGGCUUGGUCAUUGUCUGCUUUAUGGGCUCUCUGAGCACCCUUACAAAUGGUGGUGCGUAUGUGGUGAAGCUGCUGGAGGAGUUUGGAGUCGGAUGCUCUAUUAUUGCUGUGGGUUUCCUUGAGGCCAUUGCAGUUUCCUGGUUCUACGGCAUCCAGAGAUUCAGCAGGGAUGUUGAGGCCAUGUUGGGCAAAGCUCCGGGUUUAUUCUGGAAGGUGUGCUGGGUCGCCAUCAGUCCUGCAUUUCUGGCGUACAUCAUAGUGAGCUCCCUGCUGAAGGCGCCGCCGCUCACACUGUUUGAUUACAAGUACCCGGACUGGAGCAUCAUAGUGGGAUACCUCAUUGGCUUCUCGUCCUUCAUGUGGAUCCCCAUCUACAUGGUCUACAAGCUGGUGUGGACCCCUGGAUCCCUCAAACAGAGGUUGGCGGUGUGUCUGAGACCGGAGAGGACCAUACCAGACAUCCACGCUGACAGCCUCAACAUGGCCUCUGUGCCAUAGGAAGAAAGAAACACCUCAACACACGUAAAACACACACACACCCGUUCACACCACAGUUUUAAAUUACAAGCCUGAACACGGUCGGACAUCAUGACUGUUGCCUGCUUAUGAUGUCAAUGUUCACUCUGUAAAAUGGUAAAUGCUGCUAAAUUUGUCAUGACUAAUACGAGGAAGUGAGAUGUUCAUAUCUGUGUGACUCAGAUUAACCGACAGUCUGUCACCACGGUAGUUUACAGCUUUCACAUGCUGCCAUUUUCAAAGUGUUGCAUUCUCGUGGUUGUAGGAGUCAAUGGUCAAUGGUUGAGUGAGUUAACUCUUCCCUUGAUCAGCUGUAUUUAUCUCACAUGACCAUGAUGCCAAGGAAAAUAAAAACAUGUAUUUCUGUAUGUUAGUGACACUCAGCACAUCGUUUCUAUUGCAUUGAGCCGUUUCUCUUAAGUUUGAUCAUUUCUGUACAUUGUGAAAGAUUUAUGAGAUCUGCUCUGUGCAGUAACAGUGUUGCUAACGCAGCCACUAAACGUAUCAUGGGAGAAGUGUUUUGCAUGUAAUGACAUUUAAUUAAAUGUAUUCCUCAGUGGGUGGUUUUUCCACAUGGAUCAUCACAUAUUCUACGACAUGUCAGUUAAUGUUUUAUUUUCUUUUGCUCAGCCCACGAGGACAGAUAAUAAAUGGGACCAAAUCUAAACCAGGUUAUCAGUAAAUUAAAUAUUUUUUGUCAAUGCUGUAUUUUAUAUUUAUACAGUAGAUCUGUAACACUGUGCUUGCAUUUGCAUUUAUAUCUGCUAAAAUGUACUGUUUUUCCCUACAAGUGUUUGUAAUGGAGGUAAGUGAGGCACUCAGACAAAGACCAUGUUCAAUCUUCUUAUUCUAAUGAUAGCAUAUUACCUGGUAGAGCUGCUGCCCCAUCGAGGCUAGGCCUCACUCGUAGCGGCCCGGGUUCGAUUCCGACCCGCGGCCCUGUGCUGCAUGUCUUCCCCCACUUCCUGUCUGCCCCCUUCACAGCUUGCUCUCUGUCCUCUCCAGAUAAAAAAAUUAUAAAAGCCCCCAAAAAUUAAUAAAUACAGAAAGUAGAUGAUUUGCACUCACAUGUGAUAGUAAUUUUCAAUAAGCGCAACUGUUGUGUGUUACCAUCGUUUUUAAAAUUCAAUUGUUCUUCAUCUGAUGCUUCAUUUAACUCCAGAGAGACUGUUUUUGCCUUAACUUGCCUAAAUAUCACACUGUAUGUAUGAAACUUGUGAAGGUUGUAUUGAUAUUUAUUGAUACUGUGCCUCUCCACACAAUGUUCUCACUCUCUAACUGAAGACGGAUCAAAGGUUUUUGCAGAUAUACAGUUCACUUUAAUCUUAGUCACCUAUGUUAACUUAAUCUAAACUAGAAUGGCACUCACUGGAGUGUAUACUUCCGCCAAGGCUCUACAGUCCCCUUAUGAAUACACAUUGUAAAUUUUAAUUGACUAGAUCCGGAUAUUUAUUUGGAUCUUCAUCUAAAUAUUUUCUUCCUCGGGAUCCUUGAAUUAUUCUCUGUGAAAUCAAGGAAAAUGUUGAAAAACGCCUUAUCUCACAAUGCUAAACAAAUUGAAAAAAAAAUCCAGAUCCACACCAAAAUUGUAUGAGUUCUCCUCUGACGCA